AUGUCUCGUCGAAAGCCAGACAUCGAGGCUACCGAGCCCAACUUCUCAUCAUCGGGCAGUGACAAGUCCGACUUUGGUGCCGGACAGCAUCAUGAACAUGCCGGCGCUGCUCCGCAGCGAAAGGCAUCAGUCGCCGCAAAGCUCAGAAACCCCUUAGCCGGUUAUAGCGAAGAACAUGUCCUAGCCGAUGUCGACGCAUGGUGUGUUGAGAAGGGCCUACAGGAGUACCAGGACGAGUUCCGCAAGGGCGCCCUCAUCGCUCGUGUAGGUCAACGAGACGAUGGUUUUGAAUAUGUCAAUCAACUGUCCACCGAAGAGAAAGACUGGCUGCGACACGAGGUUACCCAUCGGUGGUCUCAACCUAAAAUGUUGUAUUUCUUGGUUGUGCUCUGCGCUGGAUCUGCCAUUGUGCAAGGAAUGGACCAAACGGCUGUCAACGGUGCUCAGGGAUUCUACUUCAGAGAAUUCGGAAUCACAGAAGACCAGGUGUGGCUUCGAGGUCUGCUUAACGGGGCUCCUUACCUUUGCUCUUGUCUCAUCGGAUGCUGGUCCAACGCACCUCUGAACAAGUUCUUUGGCCGCCGUGGAACCAUCUUCAUCUCUUGCAUCAUCUCUUUCAUCACCGGUAUCUGGAUGGCGGCCGCUGAGAGUUGGCCAAAUCUUCUUGUCGCGCGCUUCAUGCUCGGAUUUGCUGUCGGCGCAAAGUCCUCGACUACGCCUGUCUACGCUGCCGAAUCUGCACCAAAGACCAUCCGUGGAGCCCUCACCAUGAUGUGGCAAAUGUGGACCGCUUUCGGAAUCAUGCUGGGUUUCAUCGUCUCCGUCGCAUUUCAGGAUGUUACAAUCAUUGGCGGCCCGAAUUCGCCAUGGAGGUGGAUGCUGGCCUCCACCAGUAUUCCCCCGAUGAUUGUCUGCGUCCAAGUAUACUUUUGCCCUGAAUCGCCGCGCUGGUACAUGGAGAAAGGCAAAUACGACAAGGCGUUCAACUCACUCUGUCGACUACGCGCGCACAAAAUCCAAGCUGCACGCGAUAUGUACUACGCGUAUAAGCUUCUUGAGAUUGAAAACGCAGAACGCGAGGGCCGAAACCCGUUCAAAGAAUUCUUCAUCGUCCGCCGCAACCGUCGCGCCGCACAGAGCGCCUUCUUCGUCAUGUUCAUGCAGCAAUUCUGCGGAGUCAACGUCAUUGCAUACUACAGUACAUCCAUCUUCGAAUCCGCCGGUUUUUCCGAGACCAACGCCUUGCUCGUAUCCAUGGGCACGGGCGUAACGAACUUCCUCUUCGCGAUCCCAGCUAUCUACACCAUCGAUACAUUCGGCCGCAGGAACCUCUUGCUUACGACCUUCCCUCUAAUGGGUCUGUGUCUUCUCUGGUGCGGAUUAUCCUUCUACCUACCCGAGAAUCCCGAUGGCACGCCAUCCCCGCAACGUCUUGGAUCCAUCGCCGCCGCAAUCUACGUCUUCAUGGCCGUCUACUCCCCCGGUGAAGGCCCCGUGCCCUUUACAUACUCUGCAGAAGCUUUUCCACUCCACCUCCGCGACGUCGGCAUGUCCUUCGCCACGGCUACUUGCUGGGGCUUCAACUUUAUCCUCUCCCUUACGUGGCCGGCUCUUGAGGCCGCUUUCACACCAACGGGUGCGUUCUGUUGGUACGCAGCGUGGAACUUCUUCGGCUUCAUCUACGCCUACUUUCUCUUGCCUGAGACCAAGGCGCUCACGCUCGAGGAAUUGGACACGGUCUUUGAUGUUGGUAAUCGCCAGUUCGCGGCUUACUACACGAAGAAGUUGCCGUGGUACCUCAAGAAGCGUGUCUUGCGUCAGGAUGUCGCGCCCAUGGAGCCGCUGUUUGAACUUCACGAGCAGGGUGGGCAUGCGGAUUAUGUUGACGAACCGCUUGGUGGUGGGGGUGGUGCUGCUGGCGUGGAGGACAAGAAGAUUGUGGAGAAGGAUGAGGUGACGAGGAGGUGA